AUGUCGGUUGAGGUGGAUGCUGAAUACUUGAACACAAUGAAAAACAUUCAGCAUUUGAAUAGAUUGCGCUCACUUAGGUUUGGUAAAAUUUUGAGUGCUGAGAUCACCUGGUUCAGUCAGCUCUCUAACAUCCUGUUUUUGAGCCUAAAAGGUUGCAGGCUGGUGAAGCUACCUGAAAGCAUAUGUGAGUUGAGUAGCCUCCGUUAUCUUGAUAUAUCCAACAGCAAGGUAAAAGAACUGCCAAACAAAUUCUGGUGCCUUUACAGCCUACAAGUUGUUGAUGCAAGUCAUUCAUGUAUGGGAACAAUUCAUAAGGAUGUAACGAAGCUAAUCAAAUUGCGUCAACUAGCACUGCCAAACAAAGCCUCUAUCGCCUUAUCGAAGCUACCUGGGCUAGGAAAUCUGUCUUGCCUUCGACACUUGAGGUAUUUUACAGCUGGGAAUCAGGAAGGGUCAAUUGCUGAGUUGAAGGCCAUGAAUCAGAUCAGGGGAAUGCUAUCUAUCAAAUCUAUUCAUAAUGUGAAUAGCCAGGAAGAGGCUUCUACAGCUAGGCUCGUUGACAAGAAAUACCACAAGGAAUUAAAUCUAAUCUGGCGACUUAAUCCCAGAACUAGCCGCCUGAGCCCCCAUGAGAAUGAAGUGGCCGAUGGCUUGAGCCCUAAUGAGAGAAUUGAAGGCCUUAAAAUACAUGGCUUUUGGGGUAACAGGUUACCAAGUUGGUUGAAUCCAGAAAACCUACAAAAUUUAAGAAGGCUGGAGCUUUCCCAUUGUUUUUGCUUCGAAACUUUAUCGAUCUCCCACUUUGGUGGUGGUACACGAGGUGAAUCAACGGGUCAGCGUGCAAGCAGCAGUGCCAAUUGCAGCAAUGCCAGCGCAUUCCUUGCCUUCACACACCUCACUCGUAUAAGCAUUAUGCACUGCAAUGGGCUGAAAAAUCUUGACCAGUUCCUGUCCCCGAAGAACCUGCCAUCCGUCGAGGUCAUACAUCUUCUGGACUGUAGCAAUCUGGAAUCAAUACCUGCCGAUUUUGUGGGAUUUGUGCACCUCCGAGACCUACUUCUUGCUGGUUGUAUCAGUUUGGUGUGCCCACAGUCACGGGAAACGGUUUUCCCCUCUUCACUCCAAAGGCUAUAUAUUAAUUCUUGUGGUCAGAUUGACAGCAAAUCAUUUUCAUUCUGCCUAGAGAAACUCACCUCUCUAAGUGUGCUAUGCUUGGUUGGAUGUGACAACGUCGAGUCGAUUCAGCUGGACUCGAUCUCCUCCAGAAACACGCUCAAAUUCUUAUAG